AUGGCGGAGGCAGGAAGAGAGCAGACUCCAUCCCAGCAAGGCCUCCUGCCCGCGCAGACACUAGAUGGCAAAGUUGCGAUUGUCACCGGCUCGAGUCGAGGGCUCGGCGCCGAUAUGGCUUUGGAUCUGGCCAGGAGAGGCGCAAAGGUCGUGAUCACAUACACAUCGGCGUCUUCCACAUCCAAGGCCGCCAGCCUGGUCGAGACAAUCGAAAGCCUCCCGAACGCAUCCUCCGCGAUCUCCGUGCGGGCCGACCUGUCGCAGGCGACCGCGCCCGCCGAGAUCGUCGCGCAGACGCUCGCGCACUACGGCCCGGCGAUCCACAUCCUGGUCAACAACGCGGCGGUGCAGCUCACGCGGGGGCUGGGCGAGAUCACGCGCGCGGACUACGAGCGCGUGUACGACGUCAACGUGCGCGGGGUGAUCCUGAUGACGCAGGCGGUCGCAGCGCACAUGCCGGCGCGGGCGCGUGUGGUCAACGUCUCCAGCGUGGGCGCGCGCGCGGGCUUCGCCAACCUGUCGCUGUACACGUCGAGCAAGGCCGCGCUGGAGGGGCUCACGCGCUCGUGGGCCGCCGAGCUGGGCGGCCGCGGCACCACGGUCAACUGCGUCGCGCCGGGCCCCGUGCGGAGCGAGAUGCUCGACUCCAUCCCCCCGGCCAUCGUGCGCAUGCAGAUGGACAACACCCCCGUCGAGAACCGGGUCGGCACCCCCCAGGAGGUCAGCAGCGUCGUGAGCUGGCUCGCCGGCGACGAGAGCGGCUGGGUCACCGGCCAGGUGUUGAAUGUCAGUGGCGGGUGGACCAUGUAUUGAUUGCGGGUUUGAGUCCUCGAUUUCCUCGGGUGUCGUUGUCCUCGGAAGUCGUGUCCUCAGGAGACGGUGAACUUGGGUUAUAAAGGAGCGCGCAAAAAGGAGAUUAGAUGGUGUGCAUGGUUUGAUCUUGACCCCUCCACAAGAG